AUGGAUACUGCUGCAAACCAUGUUAACCUAGAAACAGGUAUGGGAAAUCCGUUCUUUUGUCUCAAAAGAAAACUCAACGAGGAUCACGUUCGUACCGAUCAGAGGAUGAAGGGAAGUGAUGAUGGUUUUAAUCCGUGCGAUAUUGGUGAACAAUUGAUAGUGAGCGAGAUACUUAGCAGAUUACGUGUAAAGCCACUUAUGCGACUCAAGUGCGUAUGUAAGCGUUGGCAAUUCUUGAUUGAACAAGACGAAUACUUAAUUCAUCAACACCUUGCUCGGUCGAAAACACGGCCACGUCUCUUAAUAUCUGGUCAUGACCGCGUAGGUCUAGAGGGUAUUACUAACCAGAUUUUGUUGACAGCUGAGUUAUUGGUUGAAGGAAGAGACCGAGCAAUAUCCGCAGUAUCAGUUGACGCCAUAGUAAUGGAAGAGGAUUGGUCUAAUAAACUAAUAUUGGGACCGGUAAAUGGCAUGAUCGGUUUGCUUGACGAAAUCGAUGCUGAGCUCCGUAUAUUGAAUGUCAGCACCCAAGAAAUAACACAUUCAAUUCAAUCAACACCAUUAAGCAAAUUAAAUGUAGAAAAUUCUAGUAUCGUCUGGUCCAAGAGAUUCCCUGUGAAUUAUGAAUUGGGAUUUUGUCCUGCCACAAAGGUGCACAAAGCGAUUUGUAUAUGGAGCAUAUCAUCUACGGACAAUAUCCCCGUUUCCAAUGUAUUUUGCGAAGUGCUGACUGUAGGAGACAAUAAGUGGAGAAAGAUUGAUGAAGUCCCGCAAUAUGACGUUGGAAUUCGUGGAGCUUCUGUUUAUGUGAAUGGUGUUAUAUACUUCAGAACUGAGAUGCUCAUGAAGGAAACUCAUGAAACAGAUAUUAACGGGCCUAAAUUCAUUGUAGCAUUUGAUGUUGAUACCGAAAAGUUUAGAUCAGUCAUAAUCCCAAGUUCUAUUCUCAACCAGCGACAAAACUGUACUGAUAAUAUUGGUUUAACAGAAUUGGAUGGACGCUUAGCUUUGUUAUUCAGCAUGAAUUCCAACAGUGUCAAGCUAGCAUUAUUAGAUGAUUAUCAUAACUGGACUGAAGUGAUUGUUGAAUUACCUUCUUAUUUGUCGGGUAGCGAGUGGCAGUUGCAGUUUAUACCAGUUUUAGGAACGGAAGAAAUAAUCAUAUGCAAGACUUUGUGGAAUGGAGUUCUGGAUGACGAUUCUCUACAUUGUUUCAAUUGGAAAAACAAGAGUUUCAGGAAGAUAGAAAUUAGUGGAGACAUGCUCUCAAAUUUUCUUGAGCAUUCGAAGGUUAAAUUAUAUGUGGAGAGCCUUUUUCCUGUUAAGCGGCAGAGUAAACCUUAA